AUGAAUGUCUCAAGAAAUUUAGAAAACUCUUUUUCAUACCCUUCACAAAAUGAAAUCAGCGUAAAAGUUAAUCCGUGGGAAACACUUGAAGGUAGACGAAUUGUAGAUAUCAAACAUCUAUUUCAUUCACUGCAAUCAAUUCACCAUCAAGGUUUUAAUUGUACUUUCCGUGAUUUGGAGUUUUUAAACGAAAUACGUAAGGGAUAUCUCAGCACUUUUCAAUUUAAAUGCAAAGUAUGUGGCAUUACAGAAAAUAUAAAUAAUGAGGAUGAGAUCUGUAACAGUAAAAAUGUUAAUAUUAAUAUGGCUAUAGUAAGCGCUACAGUUAAUACCGGACAAGGCUAUAGUCAAUUAGAAGAAUUUGCUGCGACAUUAAAUAUGCCCAAUAUGUGUAAUAGAACGUAUCAAGAUUUUCAUAAUACUAUGUAUAUGAAUAUGAACACCAUAGCAUUGAAUGAAAUGCAGUUAGCGGGACAAGAAGAAAAACGAUUAGCGAUAGAAAAUGGUCAAGUUGACCAUUUAGGACGACCUAAAAUUGCAGUAGUCGCUGAUGGCGCUUGGAGUAAGCGAUCUUACAAAACUAAAUACAACGCACUGUCCGGAGUUGCUUGUAUUAUUGGUGCAAAAACAAAAAAAGUUAUAUUUUGUGGAGUCAGAAACAAAUAUUGUUGUAUAUGUCAAUUAGCUGAAAACCGUGACGAAAUAGCACAGGAUCAUGUUUGUUUCAAAAAUUGGAAUUCGGCCUCAACCGCGAUGGAAGCCGAUAUUAUUGUUGAAGGGUUCAAGCAAAGUCUGCAUAUGCAUAAUGUUAUAUAUUCUCAGUUAAUAGGAGAUAGCGACAGUAGUAUUAUGAAACGUUUAAGAUUGGAAAAGCCAUAUGGUACAAAUGUUGUUAUAAAAAAAGUAGAAUGUACUAAUCAUUUACUACGUAACUACAUAAAUCGUCUUAGAGAUAUAAGUGGGAAAAGAAAAAAUGAUAAAGGAGAUGUCAUACGUGGUUGUUAUCGGAAAGUGGUUCAUGAUCGCUUACUUAGGCUUCGGUAUGCUGUCACUGAAGCGAUAAAAUAUAGAAGACUUGAACAAACAGAUCGCACAUAUGAAGCAACACUGACUUUACUCAAAGCAGAUAUAACAAACGGACCUAAUCAUGUUUUCGGAGACCACACUAAAUGCCAAUCGUAUUUUUGUGAGGGUCAAAAGAAAGGCAUGUAA